AUGGAGCCCGUCUUACGCAUGUCAAAAAAGGCUUCCCCAUCCCGCGGUCUACACAGAUUACCAACAGGCCAACCGAGGGGUGGCCUGAGUAGGAUUCAUGCAGGCGGUCCUGCCUGCUGUUCUGCUGCUCUGCUGUUCUGCGGUUCUGCUGUUUUGCUGUUUUGCUGUUCCGCCCCUGCACCUGAGGGACUGCCGAUUCGUCCAGCCUUUUGCUUGUUAGUAACCCUUGCGGUGGAGUCCGAUCCGCAGAAAAAGGCCGAUUUGGUCGGGCAGACCGUACGCGUGUGUCAUCAGCGGCGCGGAUUUCGUUUCCCUGGAACCGCUUUUCCAGAGCGAUUCUCCCGCUCCCAGGUCUGCAAGUCUGGGCUCUUUGGGUCUCCAUCUGCCCACAUGGGGAAGAUCGCCGAUGGGUUCGACCUUCGCACUAUUGUUUUCCAUACAGGAAAUCUCUUCUCCACUAGCGCGGGACCCAAGGACCAAAAAUUGGCUCGUCUUACACCUGCGAUCGUGGAGUCAUUAUCUCAAAGUUCGUGUCCUGAUAACCGGUCACCAAGGGCCUAUUAG